AUUACAGCGUUGGAAAUUCAUUCCGUAGUUUAGCACCACAUGUUGCACAGGUUGUGUCAUGAAUUCCUUAUUUCAUUUGCUGCUAUACUCUUGUCGCUUUCAUUAAUGGUUUUCUGGUGUUCACAGUGGCUGCUGAGCUCAUACAACACUCAAUUACUUCUGAUGGUGUUUCUUGUCAUAGUUUCUCUAUUGUUGGCUGGAUUUUUUGGGUACCAUGCCAACCUAUGUCUCACAAACACUACAACAAAUGAGACCUUCAAGUGGGAAGACUACAUAAGCUGGCAAAGGAAGCUAAAUGAAGCAAGGGUUAGCGCUGCAGCACUUAAAGCAAGCAUCAGUGGGAUGAGCAGUGAAGCAAAGCGUCCAGAGAGCAAAUGUAAAUCCUUUUUCCGGAGAUCGCCCCUCGAAGAUUCUCAGGUGGUAGCCAAGGAAAACAAGUAUGACAAGGGGUUCUUUCACAACAUGUUUGAGGUCCUUUUCCCGCUAUCAACGAGACCAUCAUUUUCGCAAACGAAAUCAAAGCCUUCCUGAGACAUCUCCAAUCAGGCGUUAACUCAGCUGUAUUGUUUCUGCCACUCGCACAUGGUUGGCCAUGGCCUCAAAGGGGAUCAAGCGCUGAAGGAAUGUCUGGAUCGCCAAGGCACACUGUUCAUUGCCAUUGACCGAAGGAUUGUAGGAGUGCCCCUUUGCGCAGUUGCAUCUGGUGACUUGUAAUGGACAGAUUGGUGUAACUAUUGAUCUACAUCUCAUUUAGUAAGAACAGCAUUAGAAAAUUUUACUUGAAAAUGAAGAGGGCAUAGUUUCUUGCAUCCAGCA